CAAUAGUGUAUGAAAAGCGUUGAAAGUCUUCAGAAUACAGGCUCACCUGGUCCUUUAACGGAUAGCGAGAGUAAACAUGGCUCCGGAUCGAUUGCACUUGUUGUCCAAGGAUUUCUGCCUCUUAUUGUUUACGUUAUUUUGUGCAGUUGAGAAUUGCACUGGAUUUAAUUUAGAUACGCGGUUCCCAGUCAUCAAACAAGGACCAACUGAAGGCAGUUUCUUUGGGUUAUCCGUGGCGUUGCACAAACAGACGAAAGGGGCCAACAGAUACCUGCUCUUGACAGGGGCACCAAAGGAGAAAGCCCAGUCUUCACUGAAAGUCAAUGAGACAGGGGCUGUCUACUCAUGUCCUGUGACGAUCAGCCCUUCCGACUGCAACAGGAUGGACCUGGUCAACUCAGUGACUUCAUCUGAGAUUGUGGAGGGGAUGUGGCUGGGUGUGGCGGUGGCCAGCCAGAGAGAACUGCCGGAGGGGCGAGUGCUGGCCUGUGGUCACCGUUUCAUCAAGGUCAUCAACCCAGGCCCCAACGAGGUGUGGCGGAUGAUUGGGAAGUGUUAUGUGCGGGGAAAUGACCUGACCUUUGAUUUCAAUGACGACUGGCAGUCCUACCCGUAUGAGGACUGCAACCCCAGCGGCAACUUUGAGGGGGAGGGCAUGUGCACCAUGGGGAUCUCUGCGGGAAUCAGCCCGUCUGAUGUGUAUGCUGGCUCCCCAGGCAGCUACGUGUGGCAAGGCAACGUCCACGCCACACGAAGGCCCCUGGAUCCUGCACAGGCCUGGGACUUCAACUACAAAGCCUUUAAGAAUCUAGAGAAGUCUUUCUCCUACAUGGGUUACUCUGUGGCUGAGGAGAAGAAGCUCCUGAGCCUGGAUGAGUACACGCUAGUGACGGGGUCUCCACGGGACAAUACCAGGGGCUCGGUCACCCUGGCAAAGUUAGAGUACAGCCUCCUUCAGACCAUGGUCAUCAUAUAUGGGGAGCAGGUGGGCUCCUACUUUGGAAACAGCAUCACCGUCACUGACCUCAACAGCGACGGAUGGAAUGACCUGAUUGUUGGGGCCCCAUUCUAUUUUGACCGCAAGAAGGAGAAAGGUGGAGCCGUUUAUGUCUACAUGAACGAGAACGGCUCCUUCAAGAACGUAUCCACCUUGACUCUCUUUGGCUUCAAGGACUCAGCAUUUGGCAUGAGUGUGGCUGCCAUUGGGGACAUCAACCAGGAUGGGUUCCAAGAUUUUGCAGUAGGUGCCCCUUUUCAUGGGUCUGGGAAGGUCUUCAUCUGGAUGGGAAGCCAGCGGGGUGUCACUGAGGAACCUAGCCAGGUGAUUGAAGGAAAGGAGGUGGGUGAUGGAGCGUUCCGGACGUUUGGGUAUUCCAUCAAUGGCGGCAUGGACAUGGAUGAGAACAACUACCCUGAUGUGCUGGUGGGCUCCCUAGACAACCGCAUUGCUCUGCUGAGGUCUCGUCCUGUGCUACAUCUCAAUGAAACCUUCAUUGUGGAGCCGGGCAUAGUGGAUCCCAGCCAGUGCACCAGUGACUCAUGUGUGACGGUGCGGGUGUGUUUCUCCUACAUGCUCAGCAACGGUGACAAGAACUUAAAGAAGAACAUCAAUGUGAGGUACACCGUGGAGGCUGACAGUGGCAGGCGCUCCUCCCGACUCCGUUUCCUCGACAACAGGCAGGACAGCUACACUGGAUCCUAUUCCAUGCCCUCCGGCAAGUGCCAGGUCCUGAAGCUGAGCGUGGUGGAACCACUCCGGGACAGGGUGCAUCCUGUCAUCUUCUCCCUCAAUGUGUCCCUGCAUGAAGAAAACCCUGACGCGCGGCAGACCCUGCAAAACCUCGACUCCUUCCCUAUACUGGCCAGAAGCGAGACCACCACAGAGAAAGUCGAGAUUCACUUCCAGAAGGAAUGUGGAAUGGACAACAAGUGCGAAAGCAACCUGCAGAUGGCAGCAACUUUCGCCAACGAGCAUCUGGAUCCUUAUCCAAGCAGUCAGGGGGGCUACCAGGUGAUGCAGUUCAACAGUACGGUGAAAAAGUUGACACUGAUGUUGAACGUGACCAACCUGCCGGCCCCUGGGAGGCUGGCUGAAGACGCCCACGAGGCCAUGCUCAACAUGACUGUCCCACCCUCACUGAGCUACUCCGGGGUUCGCCCCUCGGGUAUUAAGUGUACAAUGGAGGGGACAUUGCUGUGCGAACUGGGCAACCCCUUCAAAAGCAACACUGAGGACAAAAUUCAGAUCCUUUUUGAGACAUCAGGGAUUACUCUGUACACCCGGGAGAUCCAAUCUGUACUGCAGCUGUCCACGUUGAGUGAACAGAAAGAUCUGAAGCCAAUACCUAUUGUCCUAAAGGUGGAGUAUACACUACAGACCUCCUUUUCUGUAGAUCCACACGUACAGCAGACAGAAUUCAGCGGGACAGUGGUAGGCGAGUCGGCUAUGAACUCCACAGAUGACAUCGGAAGCCCUGUGGAGUACGCCUUCAAGGUGGAUGUGUUGGGAGAACGCCUGGGCACCAUGGGGACCCUGGAGGUUGAGCUCACCUGGCCUUUUGAGGUGGCCAAUGGCAAGUGGCUGCUGUACCUGACGGAGAUCCUUACCAAAGGAACAUCAGAGUCACACUGCAAUCCACCAGGGCCUGUUGUCAACCCUCUAGGACUUGUUAUUUCGGACCCCAAACCUAGGAGGAAGCGGGAGGUGGACCCCCCAAAGCCUGAGGAGCCUGAACUGCAGGCAUCCAUCACCCUCCAGAAACCACGUGCGAGGAAUGUAUAUCUGAGCUGCGAUCAGGGAACGGCGCGCUGCGUGACGUUUGCCUGCCCCCUCCGCAACAUGAACCACUCGGCCGAGCUGAUCGUUAGAGCUCGAGUGUGGAACAGCACCAUGCUGGAGGACUAUGUCAACGACCGGGUGAUUGUGAGAGGCAAGGCCACACUGAAACUAGCGACUGACAAACCAGCCAUCAAGAUGACCAGCGAGACCAGAGAGUUUGUUCUGAAUAUAGAUCCAGGGCUGCGGGAGACACAUCUGUACCAGGUACCCCUGUGGAUCAUCAUCGUGUCAGUGCUGGCUGGAGUUCUGCUGCUGGGCAUGAUUAUUCUGCUGCUGUGGAAGUGUGGUUUCUUCCGCCGGGCCAGCAGGAGGGAGCUGUACGAGGCCAAAGCCCAGAAGGCCGAGAUGAAGAUUCAGCCCUCUGAGAAUGAGCGGCUAGCGGAGGAAUGUUGAGGGAGGUGGGGCCCUUGGGGGCCCCAGGCACACCUCACUGAGGUUCCUGGUGUGGCUUCUUUAAGCGGGCUGGCUACUACAGGAUUAUGCCGAAGUACCACGGUGUGAAAAUUCGCAAGGAGGAGCGCUACCAGCUCAACGAGGGGUUCUUGAAUGAGGACCCGAGCAAGAAGCACUGGGUCACCAACUGGACAGAAAUGCACCGUUAUUACUACUGAUCCCCAAAGCUCCACCUCCACAGGUUGUGGGGGAAGUGGUGAUGGGAGGACUGCAGUUUCUCCUACAUACAGAGCUGUGUGGGGCCACUUAGAUUGUGGGACAUGUGAGGUCUGUGAGGUCUUGACCAGUUGUAUUGACUGUGUUUCAUUCAUGGUUUU